AUGAAGGAGUUUGAGAUGAGCAUGGCAGGGGAGCUAAACUACUUCUUAGGUCUUCAAGUGAAACAACGGAAAGAUGGGAUAUUCAUUUCCCAAGAGAAGUAUGCCAAAAAUCUUGUAAAGAGAUUCGGUUUAGACUUUAAGAAGCAUGCAUCUACUCCAAUGAGUUCCUCGGUAAAACUGAGCUUUAAUCUAGCUGGUGUGGAAGUAGAUCCAACACUCUAUAGGAGCAUGAUUCGCAGUCUCCUUUACCUUACUGCGAGUAGGCCAGACAUAGCCUUUAGUGUCGGGGUUUGUGCACAUUUUCAGGCAGCUCCUAAAGAGUCCCAUCUGACAGCGAUCAAAAGAAUCAUCCGUUAUGUCAAUGGUACAUCCAACUCUGAGAUUUGGUACCCAAGAGAUUCAAAUGACUGCCUAGCUGGAUACUCAGAUGCUGAUUGGGCCGGGGGUGUCGAUGAUAGGAAGAGCACCUCGAGAGGUUGCUUCUAUCUUGGAAAUAAUUUGGUGUCUUGGAUGAGCAAGAAAAAAAAUUCAGUGUCUCUAUCAACGGCUGAAGCAGAAUACAUUGCAGCUGGGAGUUGUUGUGCUUAA